AGUACGCCUCGCGACGCCGAUGGGACUUGUGUUCGUGAUACACACUUAGGUUAGCGUUUAGUGUUCGCCAGCAGUAGCUUUUGUACAGUGUUUUAAUCUAUAUAAAUACAUAUAUAUAUACAUACAUACACGCGCGGGCACACACAUACAUAUACACAUAUAUAUAUUUUCUUAACCGAUUGUUAAAUUCGUGAACGGAAGAGACUGCGUAACCGAUCGAAUUUACAAUACGUCCAGUUUGACCAACCACAAAGAUUCAUUGUAUUUUCGUCUCAACGAAUUGCUGCGAAUAAGCCGGGUCCACGGCGUGUCGUUCACCUUCUCUGAGCCACGAGAAGAAAAACGAAAUUUUUGGAAACUCCAAAAAUACACUGUGAUCUUUCCUACUGACCAAUUUGUCCUUGUCAAGGUGUCGGUAGCUUUUUCCUAACUCCUAUGUGUAGUCUCCUGGUGUAAUCUCUAUUCCUUAUUUUACGACUCGAUGUUAACCAGAAAAGCUCCUACAAUCAGUCGAUUGUAAUCGCGAAUUACAUAGCAAGUGUCACGAGUAACGGUUGGCGUUUGCGAUUGGAGAAUAGAGAAAAGAUAUAGGGAAGGAAGAGAACAAGGAAGAGCCGAGUGAAAAUGGGGUGCAAUACGAGCAAGGAAAGUGUCCAGCCGGUAGGGGAUGAAGCGAAGGAGGACGGGAAGAACGGCGAUAUCUCAAACGCAGAAAGCAGCUCAACGAAAGUAGAGUCGCAAGAAGCUUCACAAAAAAAGUCGCAAGAGGGAAAGAAGGAGGCAGAUUCGAAAAAUUCGAACGAGAAAAAAGAAGAGGGGAAGAAGGAAGAAAAGGGUACGGACAAAGAAAGGGAAGCGGCUGCAACCAGGAUACAAGCAGCUUUCCGUGGCCAUCACGCCAGGAAGAGUAUGAAAGAGACUGAAUCCUCGAUAAAGCAGACGGGGACCAAAUCAAACUCAGAGCCAACCAAAGAACAACUUCAGCAGGAGUUCCGCGCCGACGACAAGGAGCUUUGCGACGCGGCGACCAAAAUCCAGGCAUCUUUCCGUGGCCACAUGUCGAGAAAGGAGCAAGCUACAGCCCUUGCGAAAUCGGCGGAGAAUGCCGUCGAUAAUGUCGUCUCCAAGAUGGAGGAGAAGGCGAAGGACGCCGUGAACGAGCUUGAGGGUAUCGAUCUCACGGAUCCUGAUCUACACAAGGCAGCGACGAAGAUCCAAGCAAGCUUCCGAGGUCACAAGGUCCGCCAAGAAGUGUUAUCGAAUCCUGUGCACGAUGCGCCUAAAAAUUAAAGAUGAGAUUGGAGUGUUGAUUUUUAAAAAUCAGAUCGCCGAUAGUAUGCCCGAAAUAAAACUAAGAACGAAGACGGAAAAUAGAGACAAAAAAUACAAACAUAAAAGAAAAAUAAGUCGAACAAUCAAAACAUAAGCAGUAAAUCGGGCUUCGUCUUUGCUUUUUCGUUUGUCGCUGAGUCGAAUCCGCUUCAUUCUGCGGCACGAUUAUUAUCUAAAUUGUACGUUCCGCUGUGAUUUGUUUAAAACUGAGCUUGUAAGUUCGCAUAAAUCUUCAAACACGGAUAAUCCCCGUCAAACAAUUUUCCAUCCGAAUUCGUACUUACGUAUUUUUCGCCCUUUUGGAAAUAUGGUAUUCCAAAUAUAUGGAUAUUAUUUAUUCUGGUUAUACAUGAUUUUCAAUUUCUAUAUUGAAGAUUCGUUAAAUUCGCAUUAAGCACACCCGCCUAUUUCAGGCUAGUAUGCUUAUUGCUUAAUAUUUUAAAAUACAUGUAUGUAUUACAUACUAUCAACAUCCUUGUUAUUCAUAUUUCGUCGAGAUACGAAUCUUAAUAGUUGAAGGAACAAAUUGAAGAAAACGGACAAGUCGAUAAAAAGACCACGCUACUUAUAAUACCGAGCAUAGCAUUAUAAUAACACGUUGAAUCGAAUCGCGGUCAAGCAUGAAUGAAAUACACUUAUUUUAGUAGAAGAAGACUGUUUGAGCUUCACCCACUGGUUGGCCAAAAGAAUGAACGAAAAGGAGCUAGACAAAACUAAAGAAACGCAGUGGGAAAUUAAUUGGCUGGGUAGCCGAGCGAAGCCAGCAGCCUUUUCAUAAAUUCGAAGCGCGAAUAAAGGAGCACAGCGGGUGAGUGCGUUUCUUCGAGCAGAUCCAAUUACGUGGAUCGAUUUAAUCGCUCGGCCGCGUAUUCAAUAUUUCAGUGCGGAAGUUUUCGUUUAAUCAACCGACACGUGAAACUAGUGCGUUCAAGAUGAACACGGUGAACGCUCGAUAAAUUUGCCAGUCCGUUGUCAAUGCGAAAUUUAUUGGCAGUCGAAAAAGCUUGGAAAGGAUUAUUUGCGAUAGCGAGCGCCAAUAUAUGUACGUAUGGAAGCUGAUUCAAAAUUUCGACAAUAGAUUGCACGGGGCGCGAUGCACACGCUACCGCCGCAUUCUCUUCCUCCCUUGUAUAAUUUUACCGUACGAGAACCACCGUCGAGACUCAACUACUCGGCCAUUCAUAUCGGACGUUCCUCUUUUAUGUUAUACACUGUACACCAUGAAGAUUCGCAAAUGAAAACAGUGAAAGAUUACAAACACCGAAUAAUUAAAAUGUCAUCCGACCACAUACUCGAUACGUGAAAUCACGAGUCUGCUCGCCAUAAGAGGGCGGAGUCGUGUUGUUCCUUGCAAAAGUGAAUUAAUUCGAAAAAAUACGGCACGAACAUAAUAGCAGCUGCAAUCUUUGAUAAUCAAUCGAAAGUCGAUCGUUUCUCUCUUUCCGAGUGUAUACUCGUAAUAUCGUUCACAUCGAUAAAUUUAAUUUCGUGCUAUAACAAGUUGAUUGAAUUCGUUGAUCAUAUUGUAACGCUUCAUGUAAAUCCAACCAGAUAUAAAGAAAUAUAUGUACAUAAUGAUGUUACGAAUAUGAAAACAAUAGAGAAUUAUUGGUCGGAAAUUAUCCCCUAGUAAGGCGCAUGCCUGAGCAAACAACAUGUUUAAUCGAUAAACGUGUCGUCCAAAUUACAUUGCUCUAACUUUAAGGAUGUCCAUACCGUUAUGUUUAACCGCAAGUUAUUUUUCAAACACCAAAUGCAAAUAUUUUUACGUGUUUAGAUCGUAUAUUACGACACACAAUUAUGGAUAUAUGUACACAUACAUACACGCAGAUGCUUUUGUAACCCCGUAGACGCAAUAAUUCGACGACAAAGAGGUUACAACGCUCCAGUCGAACUGCCAUGUAACGGGAGCGCGUUUCAUAUCAUUUUAUUCUCAUCUAGUCCGUGGUUUUAAUUUUUUCGGAUUUGUUUUAAUUCGAGUCAACCUAACCCCCAAUCGGUGGAAGAGUAAUACGUUGUUUUUAGCAGGCCUAAAAACAUUACGAAGCUUUUUACAAUCUUUACGAGCACACGUGCAAACUUUCUUCAAAUUCCCGAUGAUUGUCGAUUUUCGACCUAUUCGGUUAUUAAUGAAAGACAUAAAAAUCGAUAUUAAGAAAUACAUGGUGAUUUGUUCGACAAAGAAUCUUUUU